GGGUAGAACAAAACAAAAACAGAGCAAAACUGGCCAGAGACGCUUCGAGGCGGCUGCAGGGGCUGAGGUGCUGCGUUGGGGCCGGCGGACCAGGGACGUGGACAAGCGGCGGCGGCGGCCCAAGGGAAAUACAUCCCAGAGGAAGAGUUCCAUUUGGUAAUUUAAUCAGUGCGAGUGAAAUUAAGGAACGAUGGAUGUAGAAAACGAGCAGAUACUGAAUGUAAACCCUACAGAGCCUGAUAAUUUAAGUGACUCUCUCUUUUCUGGCGAUGAAGAAAAUGCUGGGACUGAGGAAAUAAAGAAUGAGAUAAAUGGAAAUUGGAUUUCGGCAUCCUCCAUUAAUGAAGCUAGAAUUAAUGCCAAGGCGAAAAGGCGGCUACGGAAAAACUCGUCCCGGGACUCUGGCAGAGGCGAUUCCGUCAGUGAUAACGGAAGUGAAGGCCUUAGAAGUGGAGUAACUGUACCAACCAGUCCAAAGGGAAGGUUGCUAGAUAGGCGAUCCAGAUCUGGGAAAGGAAGGGGACUACCAAAGAAAGGUGGUGCUGGAGGCAAAGGUGUCUGGGGUACACCUGGACAGGUAUAUGAUGUGGAGGAGGUGGAUGUGAAAGAUCCUAACUAUGAUGAUGACCAGGAAAACUGUGUUUAUGAAACUGUAGUUUUGCCUUUGGAUGAAACGGCAUUUGAGAAGACUUUAACACCAAUCAUACAGGAAUAUUUUGAGCACGGAGAUACUAAUGAAGUUGCGGAAAUGCUAAGAGAUUUAAAUCUUGGCGAAAUGAAAAGUGGAGUACCAGUGUUGGCAGUGUCAUUGGCGUUGGAGGGAAAAGCUAGUCAUAGAGAAAUGACAUCUAAGCUUCUUUCUGACCUUUGUGGGACAGUAAUGAGCACAAAUGAUGUAGAAAAAUCAUUUGAUAAAUUGUUGAAAGAUCUACCUGAAUUAGCAUUGGAUACUCCUAGAGCACCACAGUUGGUGGGCCAGUUUAUUGCUAGAGCUGUUGGAGAUGGAAUUUUAUGUAAUACCUAUAUUGAUAGUUACAAAGGAACUGUAGAUUGUGUACAGGCUAGAGCUGCUCUGGACAAGGCUACCGUGCUUCUGAGUAUGUCUAAAGGUGGAAAGCGCAAGGACAGUGUUUGGGGCUCUGGAGGUGGGCAGCAGUCUCUUAACCACCUUGUUAAAGAGAUUGAUAUGCUGCUGAAAGAGUAUUUACUCUCUGGAGACAUAUCUGAAGCUGAACAUUGCCUUAAGGAACUGGAAGUACCUCAUUUUCACCAUGAGCUUGUAUAUGAAGCCAUUGUAAUGGUUUUAGAGUCAACUGGAGAAAGUACAUUUAAGAUGAUUUUGGACUUAUUAAAAUCUCUUUGGAAAUCUUCUACCAUUACUCUAGACCAAAUGAAAAGAGGUUAUGAGAGAAUUUACAAUGAAAUUCCAGACAUUAAUCUGGAUGUCCCACAUUCAUACUCUGUGCUUGAGCGAUUUGUAGAAGAAUGUUUUCAGGCUGGAAUAAUUUCCAGACAACUCAGAGAUCUUUGUCCCUCAAGGGGCAGAAAACGUUUUGUAAGUGAAGGAGAUGGAGGUCGUCUUAAACCAGAGAGCUACUGAAUAUAAGAACUCUUGCAGUCUUAGAUGUUAUAAAAAAUAUAUAUAUCUGAAUUGUAAGAGUUGUUAGCACAGGUUUUUGGUUUUUUUUUUUAGCACUUGUUUUGGGUACAAGGCAUUUCUGAAAUUUUGUAAACUUUAAGGGAAAUUUUUAAAGGAAGUGUUUUUUCUUUUUUUUUUUUUUUUUUGUGAGGGUGUAAAGGAGGGACAGAAAAGUAACCACCUCUUAAGUGGGAUAUUCUCAUAAGCUACCUUUUUUACGUGCCAUGUUUAUGACCUAAUCAUUCCAAGUUUUGCAUUGAUGUCUGACUGCCACUCCUUUCUUUCAAGGACAGUGUUUUUGUAGUAAAAUCACUGGUUUAUACAAAGCUUUAUUUAGGGGGUAAAGUUAAGCUGCUAAAACCCCAUGUUGGCUGCUGCUGUUGAAAUACUGUGCUUUGGGAGUUAAAAAAAAAAAAAUUUCUUUGUCUUAAAGAAUUUUAAAAAAAUGAGUUAGUUAUGAGACUUAUUCAUCUUUCCAGGGAACAUAUUGCUCAGUCUUAAAGACCAGACAGUUAAGUAAAUGGUGGCUGGAACAUCUAUUUUUCUACAAAACUGGAUGAAUGAACCCAGUUCUAGAAGAAUGUAUGACAAAAUAAAACGUGAAGCAGUGUU